AUGGAUAAUCGCCGGAAACUAAUCCGCAAUCGAUGCAUGAUGCUGAUUAUUGUCAUCGUCUACACGCUGACUGUAUUUAUUAAGGCGGUUGAGAGCAGGCCUCACAUCAGGCACCACCGGGAUGGCUCGCACUGCAGCAGAUGCGGUCCAGGCUGGGGCGUGAUUAGCCGUUGCGCUCGCGGCCGCGACACCGUAUGCGAGCGAUGCCCCAGCGGUACGUACAGCCCGCAUCACAGCACGCAGCCCUGUUGGAAUUGCGCCAGAUGUGGCCCGGGUUUGUACGAGGCUCAUCCGUGUACAUCGCGCACCGACACCGUCUGCGACUCCUGCCACCGUCCAGCACCGGACAAUCCGGACUACCGACGGAAGUGCGAAGGUCGCGCGAGGUUCUUCCUCGCCCCGGAGGACGCGCAGAGCACCGCCGAGGAAAGCGUGCUGGUGAAUGAGCCCGCUUACCGGUUCCAGCUGUAUGACAGGGAGCAGGUACUUGAAAAGGAUGUGGAGGCCGUCCUGAGGGACAAAGCGACAGUUGGCUCGGAGGUUCUACAGAGGAUCCAACCAUCGUCCGAGCAUUAAUCUCCAAGAUGAUCUGACAUAUUCCUAUCCAUCGAACGAAAAAGAAGGUAUAAAGUUUUUUUCGAUUGUGAUGCAGAAUUCUUCAAGUUUGAUUAUUAUUAAUCUACCUGAGAAAUAAAUGGAUGGUGUAGAAAUUCGUACAGAUACGUAAUAAGAUUAGAAGAAUAAUAUACGUUCGACAUUGAUCGAUCUUUUAAUACUAGUCAAUUAGUGCUUAAGAGAAUUAAUUUCUUUUACUGAACAGCGAAUGACUUUAGUAAGAGUUUAAAAAUGGGAAUAUUCGCAAAGUGAAUAUUCAUUUAAUAUUUGUCGGUUAGAAUUCCGAUUGUUCGCGUAGUUUACAACAGGCGACACAAUAAAGAAAUGGAAAAAUACUUCCUGACCCCGCUAGGUAUAUAGUAUAAAAAUAAAUCCUUCUCCUUAAUACGAAUAGACUGUUACAUUUUUAAUAUUUAGAUCAGUAUUGCAAGUCGUAUUACAAAUGCAUAUGUCAAUAACUGUUGUUCGUAGAUUCAUCGUAGAUUGCAAUUUAUAAAAUAGUCAGAAAUUUUUCAUUCAA